UCUUCCUCUCUUUUUUCUACCUUAUCCAACCAACCAACAACAAUGGCGGAUAAGCAAUCCUCAGAAGAAACAUCUUUGAAUCCACACAAAUUUCUGAAAAUCAUUCAAAACCCAGAUGGUUCUCUAACAAGAUCAAAUCAUAUCCCAUCAAUUAAUCCAUCUCAAGAAGAAACUCAAAUCACUCUAACUAAAGACAUCCCUCUAAACCCAACAACCAAAACAUUCAUCCGCAUCUUCCUCCCCAACCCCAACCAUAUUCCUCAAUCCAAAACCAAACUCCCCAUCCUAAUCGAUUUCCACGGCGGUGGUUUCAUACUCUUCAGCGCCACCACUAAACCCUUCCACGAUUCCUGCAUUUCCAUGGCAGCUCACAUCCCAGCCAUCAUCCUCUCCGUCGAAUACCGUCUCUCGCCGGAAAACCGUCUCCCGGCACCAUACGAAGACGCCGUCGAUUCCCUACUCUGGCUCCAAAAUCAGGCCGACGGCGGCGAACCGUGGCUGACAAAAUUCGCAGAUUUCUCAAACUGUUAUCUAAUGGGUAGUAGUUCAGGAGGAAAUAUCGCGUACAACGCGGGUUUAAGAACAUUGGAUAUGGAUCUGUCUCCUGUGAAAAUCGUGGGGCUGAUAUUGAAUCAGCCGUUCUUUGGUACUAUGAAGAGGACGGAAUCCGAGAUUAAAUUGAUUAACGAUAGGGUAUUACCGUUGCCAGUUAGCGAUCUGUUGUGGUCGCUGGCGUUACCGGAGGGGAGCGAUCGCGAUCAUGAGUAUUGUAAUCCGAUGGUUGUUGGGUGUAUGGAAGAUAAGAUCGGACGGCUGCCAAGAUGCUUGAUUAGGGGAUAUUUUGGGGACCCACUUAUUGAUCAGAUACGUAACCUUGUAAAGAAAUUGGAAUCACGUGGAGUGCACGUGGAGACGAGUUUUCUUGAUGGAUUUCAUGCUACGGAAUUUGUUUUUAAAGAUAAAGCCCUGGCCCUUUAUGAUGAUGUAUUAAAUUUUGUUUCUUCAAAGCCCAUUUCUUCUAUAUGAAUAGGCCCAUUUUAGUAUUGGGCUUCAAAUAAUAUAUUCUAUUAAUGUUAAAGUUGGAUUAA